CAUAAAAUCAAUUGUCUAUUUGCGAAAUUAUCAAGCCAUACGUCAUCGGUUCGUACCAGUCAAGAAAAAGCCCAAGUGAUACAGAAGUAAAAGUGCUUUUUUUACAUUUAUUCAUUCACUGGACAAAUGAUGUAAAUCGUGGCAUUUCGGUGUGUCAGUGCGGUGUUUGUUUGUUGAUGUAAACAUUGAUUUUUGGAAAUUGCACAAUUCGUCGCAACGCUGUUGAUACGAGAUGUGCACAAAUAAUUUAUCGUUACACUUAAUACCAACAUCACAUCGAUCGACAUUUGUGUGAGAUCGAAGUUUUUAUUCUCUGUUCCUUGCCACUAUCAGUUUUCAAAUCAACACAACUACUUUGCCAUACAUUCACUAUUUCGUCAAACAAAAUCGACGAAAAUUUCGUUUUUUUUUAAAAAGUAAAUUGUAAUUUUGAGAUUAAAUUGUGGCUUUUCCAUCGAAAAUGUUUAACAUAUCCAAUUUUCAAUACGAAAAUUGCGGCAAAAAAUGCAAGAAUCCAGAGCAUAGUGAACGUAUUACAGGUGUUUUACUGAAUAAUUCAUUACCCGAUGAUAAAAUAGCCGCAUUCAUUGCAAAAACUUGCCGAAAUUUCGCUCAUAAUUUGAAUCAUCAGGGCCAAACUGCUUUACACGCUGCAACUGCAGGACACAAGUAUGCAGUCGUCGAAUGGCUCAUCAAUAAUGGUGCCGAUGUCAAUUUACCUGAUAAACAAUUAGGUCAAACAGCAUUACAUCGAGCCAUUAAUAAUGGAUAUUUUGAUAUUGCAUUGUUAUUGCUUAACUAUGGCGCAUCAUUCGAAAUUAAUGAUUUCAAAUUAAAAGCACCCGUACAAUAUUGCUGCAAACCCAAAAAUUACGUUCACGAACAAUCGCAGAUUAAAGAACAAGAUCAACAAAAAGAGAUUCUUGUGUGGGGAAAUAAUCGAAACUACAAUUUAGGCUUGGAAGACAAAGAGGGAAAAUCCUAUCCGCAUAAUUUGGAUUGUUUUUCCAAGCAAAAUGUUUCAAUCAAUAGUGUUAGCUUGAGUUGUUAUCAUUGUUUGUAUGUGGAUGAUAAAGGUGAAUUGUAUGCGGUUGGUUUGGGCGAUGGUGGUCGUUUAGGAACAAAUAAUGAAACUACAUUGGUUUUGCCGCGAAAAAUUUACCUCACCAAUAAACACAAGAAUGAACGUGUCAUCAGUGUAUCGACCGCACGGAAUCAUUCAAUCGUUUUAACGAAUGAUGGUCGGAUUUUUACGUGCGGUUUAAAUACGCAUAUGCAGCUGGGCCAACGAAAUCCGAUCGAAAAAUCAUUAAUUAUGCGAGAAAUUGAUAUCGGUGAUCGUGGCCAUUUUAAUGGUGUUAUCGCACGUGAUUAUCACUGUUUGGCGUACACAUCAAAUUCCGUUUAUGUGUGGGGUACGAAUUGUGGACAAUUUGGAUUGCCCAUCGAUGACGUCAAACCGAUAACAACGAUCGCUCAACCGAAAAAGUUGGAGACAUUUUCACAUGACAUUGCAUAUGUUGAUUCAACUAAUGGAGCGAUUGUUGUUCUCACCACAUCGGGUUUGAUGUUAUUGUAUACAAAUCACAAGGUGAAAACGCUAAAAAAGCCCAUAUUGCACGAGUCAAUCAAGCACAUUGCUGUAGUCGGUGGUAAUUCAACCAAUAUGAAUACUCAGGAAAAAGGACAAAGUCGAACAAAACCAUCAGUUUCAACGCAUGAAAAGUUUUCAACAUCUGACCCAUUGGAGAUAUUAGUUUUAACGCAAUCGGAUACGUUGUUUCUCUGGUCAAAUGAUGAGCAAAAAUAUUUGCGAUGUUUUAUGGCCCAUUCAUUUUCCAUAAAAAAUGUCUAUUGGUGUAAUCGAAUGGUGGUGUUAAUAUUGGCCACCGAUGGCAUUCUCUACAAAGGCACCAUCACCAGGCAUUCAGUCAAUCCGAAAGAAUGUCGUGGCUGCGAUGAAGAGUUUGUUGAAAUCAAUCGUCGAAUGGAUAUUAGUGAGACGCAUAAAUGUGACAUCGUUUUAACGCGAAUACCAAACAUUGAUCGUGUUACAAACUGUUCUGUUGAUCAAAAUGGUGAAUCAUUCGUUGCUUUACAAGAGUAUUCGAAACGAUAUCUUUUUAUUCCACAUUUACCCGAUGAUCCAAUCACAUUUAAAGCAUUACUUAACGAAACCAGUGAAUUUGAUUUACUGCAUGACAUCGUUUUUCAUGUUGAGGAUGAAGUGUUUCCAGCGCACAAAUACAUUGUCUACUCACGUGCCGAAGGAUUGCGUGAAAUCGUACGAAAAUACAAAGACAAACACAUUUAUUUGAACUACGAUGGUUUAACAUCAAAAAUGUUUGAGCUCAUGAUGAGAUACAUUUAUGAAAAUUAUACGUUAAGCAUGACGGAUAUUGAGGAUGUUGAAUCAUCAUUUGAUCCGUACAGUGGUCUUACAAAUCUAGACAUCUAUACUCUAUUCCGCGAGUAUAUGGGAAAAUUUGGUGUUUCAAAAUUGUUUGAUCGUUUGAUGACGCCGUCAGAAAUCAAAGAGUCCCCACUAAAAUUGAAUCGCCUCAGUUUUCCGGAAUUGUACGAUGUGACGAUACAAUGUGCAAACGAUCGUGAUAUAAAAGCGCAUCGAUGUAUAUUGAGCACACGAUUGGAGUACUUCAAUUUAAUGUUCAACAGUCAUUGGUCGGAAUCGCAAAAAGAUGUAAUCAAUUUAAAAACGAUUCCAUUUGAAUAUAUGGAACCAGUUAUCAAUUUUCUCUAUCACAAUGACACAAAUCUGAUUCGAAAAAAAGACUAUACCGAUUCAUUUUUGUAUGGUUUAAUGGAAAUUUGUGAUCAAUUUUUUGUGACGCGUUUGAAGAAUAUCAUUGAAAUUAUGAUGAUUGAACGAAUGACAUUGAAAAAAUGCGCCGACAUGUAUGAAUUUGCAACGGUGUUCAAUUGUAGUCUUCUCGAAUCGGCGAGUUUGGAUUUUAUUUGUCAAAAUAUGAGCCGUUUGCUGGAGAAUCGUUGCUUAGAACAUUUGCAAAUCGAAAGUAUGGAAAAAAUAUCCGAAUAUUAUCGACAGGUAUUUCAAAUUAGCGAAAAUGGUGAGCAUGUGAUGAGUACGGUAUUCGGUGGUUGUAUUCGAGACGAAGAUGUGAUAUCGUUUGUCGAUGAUUUUUAUGUGGAUUUAUUCCAGAAAAAAGAUACAGUUGCGAAAUCGGCGACGAUUUCAACCACAACAAAGCCAAAAAAGACCGAACGUCUGUCGAGCGAUCGACGAAAUUAUGAGAAAGAAGCUAUUAAUCUCGUGAAAAAUCUAUCGAUUGAAGAAAAUACAGCGACAAAACAAAAACAACCCGUCAUCGACGAUAGUAUUAUCAUUGAAGCCGAAGAAAUUGCAAGAUCAUUCACAACGGAAUCCACGAAAUGGAUGAAAGUGACCGAUAAAAAAGACGUAAAAAAGAAAAUCGUAUUGGCUGGCCUCAAAUCGAAUGAUGUUCUACGAAAUGAACCAAAAGAAUUGGAGAAUUUCACACCAUUAAAAUCGUCAAAAACAAUGAGUCAAGGUUCGAGUGCUGGUGACCAAAGUGAUUUGGAUAAAUCCACAACGCCAAUACCAAUCGAAUCACCGUCGGAGAAAAGCUCCACGUUCAAUUUAAGUUUGGGCGAUUUCACACCACAAAAAGGAACAAAACUAUCACAAAAGCAACGACGACGUCAAUUAUCACAAAGUGAAAAAAGUGAAUGUUCGCCGUCGUCGAUCAAACACACUGAACAAUCACCAUCGAAAAAAACAGUUGCAUGGAAUGCAUCAACAACUUCAACACCCGAACAGACAAACGUGUGGAAAGUGAAAUCAACACCAGAUGCAACAGUGAAUAAAACACAACCGAUUAAUAUUGCAUCAACCAGCAAAGCAAAUGCAAAUCAUUCAAAUGCAUCGUUUAAUGAAAGCUUUUAUUCAUUGUCACCGAUCAAGUCUAGUGUACACAGCGGUUCCAACGAUGACGACAGCACAACUAGUUUCACAAAAAUUUUAGUAGACGAACGACGUCAAAAGGAAUAUUACAAUAAAAUGAAGAGCAAAUCAUUGUUGCUGACGCAAAUUGAGGAGACAGCCAUCGAUGAACUGAAGAAAUUUUAUAACAUUGACAAUGUUUGUGAUGAACAUAUUGAAAUUGAACGAAAACCACAUGUUACAGCAACCGUUAAUUUUGCCAAAUGGAAACAUAACUAAUUUGCAUGAAAAAGAAGUCCUAGAGAGAGAGAGAGAGAGAAAUUGUAAAAGUAAAAUGCUACUCAUUUCAAACUAAUUUAUGGCCAGAGUGAAAUUUUUGUUUGCAUAUUUAAAAUAUUUUAUUUUUGGUAUUUCUAGUUACCAUCUGAUUAGUACAUUUUUGCAGUUUAAUUACAAAUUCAUGAAAAUAGAAAGAAUAGCAUGUAUUUAUAUAUUUGGAAAGUUAUAUAAUAAAAAUCAAAACUUUAGUCAAUCCA